CCGUCUAUAAAUACGGGCCGCCAGUGGGCAGCAGAACGUCGAGCAGCGCACACGUCGAGGCGAACGAGGAUGCGGCACUUGCUCUGGGAUCGGAAUAGGAAUCGGUAACGGUAGCGGGGCAUAGUGUCGGGAGUGGAGUGAUGCGAAUCGUGGAACCGCGGCCAGAGGUGAACAAGUGAGAUGAAGUGAAGUGUGGUGUUGUGCGGUUAAAAAUAAACAAGGCACACAAGCCAAAAAGGCAAAUAAAGGCAAGAAGUUCUUCGGUGCCUUUAGCCGGAAUCCGAAAUAUUCGAAAAACUCGGACAAAAAUCUAAAAAACUCUUUCGAGACGCGACGGAGGAGUUAGGGCGUGUGUCGUGGCGUGCGUUGAAUAAUACUGAUAAAAACAAUAUACAGAGCGCGCAGCGCAAACAUAAAUAAUAUUCCACAUGCAUAGUUCGGAAAUACAUCAGCUGCUAAAAUAAACGGAGCAACCGAAGCACCAAAAACAACACCAACAAAAACUAUCCAGUCAGCCAGCCAGCCAGCCGAUCCAAUCCGAUCUGAUACGAUUUGGAAUAAAACAUACCCCUUCUACCCUGGGCUACAGUCUCCCGUCUCCGUUCAUGACGUCACGGAAAGGUAGCUGCAAGUCCUUCGAGUCGUCCAUCUAUGCGAGUGUUCAAAAUUAGAGGACCCGAGCAUGUCCAGGCGAACGCCAGUGGAACGCCAACCGAACCCGAAACGGAAGAAAGCUUCUAAGUCAUGUCCUCGCGACGAAGCUCCUUCCGCCGGAAGGAGAAGCCGGCCUUCGACCGAUUCAAGGAUCACUGCCGCCACUUCACGGCCUUUAUGUUCAGCAAUGUGGGCAUUAUCCUGCUAGUCACCUUCUACACCAUCGGGGGAGCCUUCAUUUUCCAGGCCAUUGAGAUCUUUGAAUACGAGCGACUCAAGUUGGAGAAACCACAUCGGUUUAUAGCCCGAAAUUUCAGUGGAGAAGCUCUCACACGCAUCUGGGAUCUGACGUCUGAGAAUAUUAGCUUUUUUGACCGCAGGGUGUACAGAAGACGGGUCAACGAUGUACUGCUCGAGUAUCAGAGAGCUAUUGUAAAGAAACAACUGAAAGGACCCGACGUGGAGCAGUGGAGCUUCUCCGGCGCCUUUCUCUACUCCCUGACAGUGAUCACCACCAUCGGUUACGGCAACAUUACACCCCAAUCCGAGUGGGGCAAGCUGGUCACCAUUCUGUACGCCAUAAUCGGCAUGCCCUUGUUCUUGCUCUAUCUGUCCAACAUUGGUGAUGUGCUGGCCAAGUCCUUCAAGUGGAUAUACUCCAAGGUGUGCCUGUGCCGCAUAUGUCCUGGUGUGGCCAAGCGUCGCAUUAUCCGGGAAAGGCGCAAGAUGCGCCAGCUGGCCAGAGCACUGCAGUUGCAUGACAUGGAGAACGCCCGUGGCAGCAGCAGCUACUCCAGCAGCAAUAGCACCAGCACCUCCAACAGCAGCAGCAGCGGAGACUACAGCAGGAGUUCGAAGCACAGCUCCAGCCUGGUGGAUGUUCCCUUUAGUGGCUCGGACUCCGAUAUCGAGCGGGAGAUUCGUGGCAGCACUGACGAAAUUACGGUUCCAGUAACAGUCUGCAUAUUCGUUAUGGUUGGUUACAUCCUCUGGGGUGCCCUGCUGUUUGGAAGAUGGGAGGAUUGGAACUAUCUCGAUGGGAGCUACUUCUGUCUUAUAUCGCUGAGCAGCAUUGGUUUCGGGGAUCUGGUGCCAGGUGAUCGUGUGAUAACCGCCGAUAGGGAUAAGGUUGAAGUUAGUUUCAUUCUCUGCGCCGUGUAUUUGCUGCUUGGCAUGGCCGUGAUUGCCAUGUGCUUUAACCUCAUGCAGGAGCAAGUCGUCCACAAUAUUCGAGCUGUCAAGCGCGGAUUCAAGGCCUGUUUUCGAUGCAGAAGCUCCUAGGAGCUGCCACCAACUACAAACAUGUUUUGUCGUACAAAAGAAACUUAUUACUAUUCACUGUUGUAGGAGUCUAGCUUAAGGUAGAAUUGUAAAUAUGUAUAAAUAGGCAGAAUGUGUUCCUUUUUGUUAAAAGUAUGAUUGUAAACAUAAACAUUAAAUUCGACUAGCAGAAA